AUCUAUCGACUUUUAAUUCUAAGUACACAAUUGAUAGAGAAUUUUCGUCUCUACGUUUGUCUAAGAAAAUACGGUGUCACUUCAUCGUGUUUGCUCAAUUCGUUUCUAGUAAUUUUUUACGGUCUCAAAUAUAUGCACAAGUACGUGUCUGGUCGGUCUAUAUUCGGCUGGAAGGCUGGGUGUAUCGAUAGGCCGGGGGUCCGGACGUCCUGCGCACGCUCGGAGCGUCCCGGAGAUUCGGUGCCGGCUCAAUCGAAGCCUCUCCGCCUAGUGCAUGUAAGUCGCAGUGCAACCUUUGUCAGAGAUUUGUCCGAAAGUGAUGCGAACUGAAUAAAGUCCCGGCGAUUUGAUUACCCGAAUACAUAAGAUUAAUAUUUCAUACGCCGCGGUACAACCAGAACAAUGGGUAAGGAGAAGACUCAUAUCAACAUUGUGGUGAUCGGCCACGUGGACUCGGGCAAGUCCACCACCACCGGCCACCUCAUCUACAAGUGUGGCGGCAUCGAUAAGCGAACAAUCGAGAAGUUCGAGAAAGAAGCCCAGGAGAUGGGCAAGGGGUCCUUCAAAUACGCCUGGGUACUGGACAAGCUGAAAGCUGAGCGCGAGCGCGGUAUCACGAUAGACAUCGCUCUGUGGAAGUUCGAGACCGCCAAAUACUACGUCACCAUUAUCGACGCCCCCGGACAUAGAGACUUCAUCAAGAACAUGAUUACUGGCACCUCGCAGGCGGACUGCGCCGUCCUCAUCGUGGCGGCGGGCACGGGCGAGUUCGAAGCCGGCAUCAGCAAGAACGGGCAGACGCGCGAGCACGCGCUGCUGGCCUUCACGCUCGGCGUCAAGCAGCUCAUCGUCGGCGUCAACAAGAUGGACUCCACCGAGCCGCCCUACCACGAGGCCCGCUACGAGGAGAUCAAGAAGGAGGUCUCGUCCUACAUUAAGAAAAUCGGGUACAACCCGGCGACGGUGGCGUUCGUGCCGAUCUCGGGCUGGCACGGCGACAACAUGCUGGAGCCGUCCGACAAGAUGCCCUGGUUCAAGGGGUGGACCAUCGACCGCAAGGACGGCAAGGUCGAGGGGAAGACGCUCAUUGAGGCUCUGGAUGCGAUCCAGCCACCGUCGCGGCCGACGGAGAAGCCUCUACGCCUGCCUCUGCAGGACGUGUACAAGAUAGGUGGGAUAGGCACCGUGCCUGUGGGGAGAGUCGAGACCGGCAUACUCAAACCAGGUAUGGUGGUGGUGUUCGCACCGGCCGCCAUCACCACGGAGGUGAAGUCGGUGGAGAUGCACCACGAGGCGCUGCAGGAGGCCAUGCCCGGCGACAACGUUGGCUUCAACGUGAAGAACGUAUCAGUGAAGGAAUUGCGCCGUGGUUACGUGGCCGGUGACUCUAAGAACUGCCCGCCCAAGGGCGCCUCUGACUUCACCGCCCAGGUGAUCGUGUUGAACCACCCGGGGCAGAUCAGCAACGGGUACACGCCGGUGUUGGACUGCCACACCGCGCACAUCGCCUGCAAGUUCGCCGAGAUCAAGGAGAAGUGCGACCGCCGUACCGGCAAGACGACGGAGAAAGACCCGAAGUCGAUCAAGUCUGGUGACGCGGCGAUCGUGACGCUGAUGCCGACGAAGGCGCUGUGCGUCGAGUCCUUCCAGGAGUUCCCGCCGCUCGGCCGCUUCGCCGUGCGCGAUAUGCGCCAGACCGUCGCCGUCGGCGUCAUCAAGAGCGUCACCUUCAAGGAGGUCACUACGGGUAAAAUCACAAAGGCCGCCGAGAAGGCCCAGAAGAAGAAAUAACUACGGGGCAGUUCACUCGUACCAGCGCCGCUCGGUGUGGGCCGCGGCGCGGUGUCCGCGCGGCGGCGCGCGGCGGGCGGCCCCGCGCCCCCCUCCCCCCUGCAGCUGUCGUGUCGUAGUCGCGUGCACCCCCUAGCGCACCGCCUAAGGAGCUUCUUCACUGGUGACGUCACUCUCGUUCCCGAUACGUGCAUUUAUCACAGGAUACUCGAUAAGUUUAUUCGUUUUAGUUACGCUUACGUAUUAAGUUUAUGUCUUUGUGAUUAUUUUAGUCGUAAGUUGCUCGUCGAGUUUGAGUUUCCGUAUCUGAAGGCUCGUUACGUUUUAUUUUUUCAUCGUAAAGAGUUUAGGAGGAAAAGUAGCGGGGAGUUGAAUUUUUAAACCGUUAUGUGAUCAUCGCUCCAGAUUCGUUUUUUUUGUCCACUGCUAGAAUCGCUCUCGGUCGUCUAGAACAUCUUCCUGAAUAGGUAAUGGGUAUGUAAUGCACGUUCUAGUCCUCUGAACUGAGAGGUUUUUUUUAUUAUUCCUACCCAUGAUUUUUUGGGCUUUUGUGUAAAAUGUGUUUUGUACCUAAGUAUGAAUUAAUUAGUGGUGAGUUUUAUUAAGAUUUUUAAAUAUCAAUAUCGAAUAAACAGUUGAUUGAGGAAAUUGUAUUUAGAAAAGUGUGAUCAAAGAUUCGGCGGUAGUCGGUUAUGAACUGGCACCAUUGUUUGAAUAUAGUGAUGGCGUAAAUAAGCGUUUAAAACGUUUUAGGCACCUCUGAGGAAAGUAGAAGUAUUGUAGGUAAAAAUAAAUUUUCGUUCCUAGUUUAAAAGAGACCUAAAUGUUAACACCUAUUUAUUAUAGGUAAUGUAAUGUUAUAUAAGGGUUUAAACAUUCAAUUUAUAAUUCCAUACUGAAUUUGACAUAUUUUCACAGUAAGUACGGAAUAACUCGAGAAUUUUAUUAAGCUCUAAAUGUAUCUUUGUAAUUUUUUCAAUAAUUUUGUAAAGACCUCGAUCCUGAUAUAACCAAUAAAGAAGCUACUGGUA